UGCACAGCCUGCCACAGAAAGAUUUACUGUCUCUUCAGCAUAUCAGGAGGGGAACAGAGCGGUGCAUGUACACACGCGCACGGAGCCAGAAGAAGGCAAAAUCGACCCCCAGCAGCGGGGCUGUCCUUCUGCUGCUGGAUUUUUCCAGCUGAAGCAUCUCAUCCUCUCUGCUGUAAUUUAUGGAAAUUGGCUUCUGACGUGGGGCUUUUUCUGCUCCAGUGGGGACCCGUUGGCUGGAGAAAGCAGAGCUGCAGUCAGGGCAGGAGAAGAGAGGGAGGAAGGGGGCUGGGGACUGGAAGAAAGCCAGGGUGGGGUGGGGGGAAGAAGUGUGAAAGGGGCACUUGGAUACUACAGUGAUGGGUGAGUUAUAAACUAAGGCAGAGAGAAGGGAGAGGGAAAGCAGUCGCAGGGAGGCGACCCCUGAGUGACUCAGAGGAGAGCAGACAGGCCAGCCCAGGAAGACUGCCGUACUAAGAGGACCUGCCCCAGCUGGGAUCUUCAUCAUGAGCACGAGGAAGGCUUCCACCCCACAAGCAGGGCCAGAAGAUGGGGAAGAAGAGCCGAGUGAAGGUGCUCCAGAUUUGGAGGGGAGGCAGCGUGAAGCAGAGCUGCGGGACAAAGCCAUCCUGCAACAGAAGAGAUGCCUGAAACAGGCCACCCAGUUUGUGCACAAGGACUCCGCCGACCUGCUGCCCUUGGACGGCUUGAAGCGCCUUGGAACGUCCAAGGAUCUGCAGCCACACAGUGUGAUACAGCGGCGCCUCCUGGAAGGGAAUUUGAACAGGCUGCGGGGUGAAAGCAGGGAACACGCCACCUGGGUGCAGUCCCCGCUGGCAACAGACAAGGCAGAAAAGAAAGGGGAGGACAGGAGGAAAGAGCCAACCAUUCUGCUCGUACACUGCAAGUGUGAAGGUCAGGUAUUGAGAGCUGCUGUUAACACUGGCUGCCAACAGAACCUCAUCUCCAGGAGCUGUUUGAGACAGCUGGGGCUGGAGGAAGUGUCCAACAUUGGCUGUAGGGACUUUUCGCUGCCUGUCCCCUGUGUUGUCAGCCGGGUGGAGCACAUGGAGGUGCAGUUUGGCCAGGAGAUGGUGGCGUGCUCAGCGCUAGUUGUGGAUGAUGAAAUGCUGGAAUUUUCAUUGGGCCUCCAGACCCUGCUGUCUCUGAAGUGCUGCAUCGACCUGGAUGAAGGAGUCCUUCGACUGAAAGCGCUCAGCCAAGAGCUGCCUUUCUUACCUGCCUCCGAGGAGCCUGGGCAGUGAGAGGUUGUUUCCUACAUCUGUGCGAAGGCAUUUAACUGUACCAAAGACAUGUGAGGCUGAGGGUGCAGCUGACACACCUGUACCCUGCGGAGGCCACUAUCAGGUGGGAAGGCUGGUUAGGAGGAGCUGCAUGGGGCUGGAGUGCUGUUGUCAAGUGGAGCUGCCCCUUUCUAUGGGGAAUUCUUCCUCCUUCCAGAGGACCUUUCUGCUUGUCUCCAUUGCUGAGCAGACAUCUGUUCUCAUUUUUCUACCUGCCCCUGUUCUCUCUGCCUCCUGCUUCUGCACCAAAUCCCAUGUCGCCUUUCCCAUGCCCCCUUAUUAAAGACAAUGGGAAAGGUCACUGUGAGCGGCUGUUCUCUGGACACAGUGCUGGAUGGUGGCUUGUCCUAAGGCCUCUGAAGAUUGUUUUAAAUGGUUCUUCUCCCUUUGGGCCAUGGAUCUGCCCAGGUACCAUCUGCUCUGCUUCAGGGGAGGUGUCCUACCCUUCUGCUCUUUGCAAAGCUGGAUCUCAUUACCUUGCUCUGCUUUGUGUCAGGAGGGAAGGAUUUUACUGGAAGCAGUUUAAGUGGCAAUCACUCCAUUUUCUGUGUUUUCAUUCAGAGUAAGGGAACUGCUGGGAAACCACGAGCUGCAAGACCUAAGGAGCAAUGAGCGUAUGUGGGAGCCCAGGUCUGGCCAGGACAUCUUUGGCUACUGGAGUCUGCAAUGUAUGAACUCACAUGCUUAGCGACUCUCACAGCUAGACCUUGUAACUGGACACUCCUCGUCCCUCACCAACACAUCUCGCUUUUGCACUCUUGAGUUCCAGCCCCUGAAUUUGGGCAGCCACCAACUCUACAGCGUCACACUAAGCUCCAGCCAUUCAGCUAGAUGCUGCAUGAAUUCUGGUGCCC